AAAUUUUCUUAUUUAUUCAUUUAGAUCAAAAGGAAGAUGUGUCCUUUUAGCCGGAAUUUUAACAUGGCUUGGGCUUAAAAAAGAAGAAGAGGAAGAUCCUAUGAUAUCAGUUAUGAAGUUAGGAGUCUUAAGUCUUCAGAAAGAAGAAUAUGAUAAAGCAGAAAAUAUACUUCAUUUAGCCCUGAAAUUGGCGCAAGAGCGACAGGACAUGCAAGCACAGAGAUAUAUAUUUGACCUUCUUGCUAAUGUUGCAUUUCAAAAAGGAGAUUUGUCUAACGCUGAAAAACUAUUCAUUCAAGUUACAAAAGAACUUCUUGCAGCUGGCAUACCUUAUGAUGAUAAUUCUGUUGUAGAAAUUUCACUCAAACUUGCCUCCAUAUAUGGUCAAAGAAAUGAGAGAGAAAAGGCAGAGAAAGGCUUCAAAUUUUGUAUCAACACUCAACAAAACAAAUUAAAGAAUUUUGACCUCUCUGAUGCUGAAUCUUUAUCUGAUUACCAAAAAGAUACAGUUUUGCUUUGGGCCAUGAGUGUAGAUUGGUAUGCUAGAUAUUUAUUAGCAUCUGGAAUGCUAAAAGAUGCCAAAGAAAAUUUUUUGAAAGCCCUUGAUAUUUCUGAAAGAAUAAAUGGUGCAUCACAUCCACAAACUCUUGUCUUAUUAAAUGACAUUGGUAGUGUACAUAGCUUAUUAAAAGAAUAUGACUCAGCAAUAGAAGCAUUUCAGAGUGCCAUAACUAGAUCUGUUAAAAGUGAUUCAAAAGAUAUUCCAGCUUUUUACUGCAACUUAGGUGCGACUUAUUUGCAGACUGGAAAUGUAAAGAAAGGAGAAGAAGCAUGCAAAACUGCUCUCAGAUUAGCUAAGAAAUUAAAUCAUUCUGAAGCUCAGGCUGAUGCAGAGGAGUGUUUGGCAGAGGUUAAAGAGCAUAAAGCAUAAUAUAAGUAUAUUCGUAUGUGUAGAUAUGUAAGUAUGCUUAUAUGAAUAAAAGUAAUUGAAGUCCAUUAAUAUUAUCAAGAAAUUAAUUCUCAGACAAGAGUAGUACUGUAAUAUAAAUUCUGACAGUGUUGAUAAUUAUAACAAGUAAAUUGAUGAUGUCUGAUAACUUGAACUGUAGACACAACUGAGGCAAAAUUCAGCCUUAGGUUGGCAUUGGUUUUACAGAAAAAUUUAAAAGAGCUUUUCUGAAAGCCAACAUUAACAACACUAAACACUGAAAAUACUGUAAAAAUAACUAAACAGACUUUCAUAAAGGAGAUUUUGAAUUGUUCCUCGUCAAAACAUCUUUAUAAAUGUUAACUAUGUAAAAGAAGAGUGAUUUUCAAACUUUUUGAAUUAAUAUCAUAAUUUAAAUAAUAUAUAUAUGUGACUACCUGCUUGCAUGAUCACUGCCUGAAAUAGAAAUAAUACAAAAGGAAAUAUACAUGUAUAAUGAUUUUAAUAAUUCCAGCUAGUAAUUAAUAAUAAAGAAUUGUGUAUCUUGCUUUUAAAUUGCCGAGUUUUUUUUAAUAAAUUAAAGAUUAAAUUUGAACAAAAAGUUAAAUAUCUAACUUUUUGCUGGAUCAAAACACACUGGCGCAUGGAAGAUAAAAAUAUUUUCAGGCAGUGACAACAUAUUUCUUUUAAAUUUUUUCCUGUGAUUAAAUUUGAAAGAAAAAUAUCCUACACUUUGUUGAGUGACAACACAUUUCUUUUAAAUCAGUAAGUUUCUCUCAAGGAGGUUAGAAUAGAAGGAGGGAGGGUUCGUAGUUACCUCCACUAUCGAGGAAUGAAACCCUACCUAAAAAGUGCGAUCCAUGUUUAUUCUGUACGGCAGUGAAACGUAUGUGUUUCUAAGCUGUUCCGUGCAUGUAUUUUUCGUUAAUUUGUAAUGAAAUGCUUUGCUAUUGUUAAAUUUUUGUUUUAAAGUAAUAAAGAUGAUAUCCAUAAUUUA